AACCCUUCUGAUUGCCUCGUCCACAAAUUAGAGUCACGCCACAUUUACUCGAACGGCAAUCCCAGCCAUCUGACCAAGUUACACACUUGAGCUGUUAUCCCGAUAUCAAACUUUCUUCAGUUAUGCACAUACAUAAUUGCUGAUUGUGACCGUUCCUAGUGCGUUUUUGUGCUAACUGAGGUCUUGACUCAAGUGAGUCGAGUACUUUUUCAGUUCCUACAGGCAACCGGUCUUAGUAAAAAAUGAUGGCAAAUUUAAAUUUCUAAAAGCAUAUAUUGUUAAAAUUUGUUACGGGAAAUGUUUGCUGAUAAUAGUGUUCCUAGUCAAUUCUAUAGAGUUGACUAUCUGUAGAUUGACUGGCCGCCCAAUUUCGGGGAAAAUUUUACCCGUUUUGGGGAAAUUUUGGGAGAGCCGCUACAGAAGCUUCUGGAAAAUGGCACAAAAACCCCAAAAUAGGGAGAUUGGUCGGAAAACCCUUUCCGGGAAUUUAUUUACUGUUUAACAAUGAUGAACAGAUAGUUAAAUCCUUGACAAAUAAUUUGAUUUUGAAAACUGAAUUACGGUACGAAGUGAUACUGAAACAAACACAUGUCAAAUUACAUUAGCCAUCAGAUUAAACGUCCGGAUAUUGUGAGAAGAAAUCAAGAAGAAGCACAAAACUCCACACUAUACAUUUUAAAACAGUAUGGACCAACAUUUUACUUGCUACAGGACGUUUCAAAGCAAAAAUAUAAGGUACAACUCGGUGAUGUUCAUACUUGCUCAUGUGGUGACUUUACAAAAAAUCGUGAACUAUGUGUUCAUUUAUGCUGGAUAUUAAUUAGACGAUUCAAAGUAGACCCAAAUAAUCCUGUAUCUUGGCAAUCUGGAUUAGUUGAGCGAGAAAUAUCAGCUCUUUUAGACGGACAGCACUCAGCAACGAAUAAUGUCACAAAUUCCACUGAGCCUAAAGUUCUGAAUGAGAAUAAAUUUGAUGAAAAGACUUCAUAUAACCUACAACGCCCAAUUGGAGAAAACGAUAUUUGCCCAAUAUGCCAGGAUUACCUUUUUUCUCAAGUGCGACUUCCAGUAACAUUUUGCCGUAAAAAUUGUGGUAACAGUCUACAUAUACGAUGUAUGAAAGUAUGGACAGACUAUCAAAGAAAACAAAACCCUUUAGGAUUAAUGGAUUACGUAAAAUGUCCUAUCUGUCGAGGGGAUUUUGCACCCUUACAUGUUCUUAUUCGGGAAUUUACGGGAAAUGUGAAAAUAGAUACUAAAAAGUCUACUGAACCUAAACAUAUUCACAAUAUGACCAUUAUUGGUCAAGCAAACGAUUCACAGAGAAAACUGAACAUCGAAACAAUGCAAACAAGACAUUUGAAUACACGAUGUUUAUCAUGUUUAUGCUCGCCAAUAUUAGGUAAUAUUUAUCGUUGUGAAACAUGCUAUCAAUUAGGACAAGAUGAAAAUUUAAAUCCAUUUUUAUGUUCACUGUGUUUUCGUUCUAAUAAGCAUUUACAACACGGUCUAUAUGUUUAUAGAGAGACAUCACACGGAAAAUGGCUUGAAGUACCACCUAAUCGAGGUGCUAUUACAAAUCUCUCUGGACAGUUAGUUAGCAAAGUUCAAGAAAACAAUAAAAACCUUCAGUCAAGCUCAACAGAAAAAUGCAACCAUUUGUCAAUUAACGAAGAAUGGAAACCUCUUCAAUUAGCUGAAUUAGCUCAAAUUCGUCAGUGGACAAUUAGAAUUCCCAGAAAUCAUUCUGAUUUCAUUUCAUCAAAACCGUCGGAUAAAGCAACUAAUAAUGAUAAUAAAAUUAAGUCUGUGAAAGGAAAGUCAUCGACAAGUUCUAAUUUAUUUCCAGAGCGUUCAGGGACAUCAUUCUCGAUGGGAUUGUUAUCACCAGGUCGUCAAUGCCUUCUUUGUUUAAUGUUCUUUAAAGUAAAUGAUAAAGUUAGACAACUGUCACCUGGCUGUCAACAUAUUUUUCAUUCAUAUUGUAUUGAUCCGUGGCUGCUUCAUAAGUCAUCAACAUGUCCGAUUGAUAACACACCUAUUCGUCCUAUAAAAACAAUCGAUAAAAAAUCAUCGACAAAUCGUACAUCAAGACAAAGAACUGAUGAAAUGUUGACUGACAAUUUGAGUGAAUUAAAAAUUUUUGCUAAACGUAUUGAAGGCAAACCGAAAAUUAGAGCGAACCCUUCUCAUAAUAACUUAGCGAGCACUGGGGAUUAAUUUCAAAGAAAAAAUUAACUUAACGUAAGUCAUAAUGAAUUUAUGCACACGCACAGAAAUAUCACCCCAAUUGACCUUUUAUACAAGGGUCAUGAAAACGAAUCUGUUUGUAUUGAUGCGAGCCUAAAUUAACAUAACACAACUAUCAGCUUAUAGGAGGACAGAACCGUGAUUGUGCAACUUGCAAAUAAAAUACAUAUGAAAAUUGAGGUAUUAAAAAGUCGUUCAAAUGAAAUUUAUAAUCCAUUUAAAGGCAGAACACUAUAUUAUUUAAACCAUGUUAUUAUAUUGACAAGAUGCGUUUAGUAUCAAUAAAACUACUUUUUUUACCACAUGAAUAUAUAUUACUUUACUACUGAAAAAAUUGUUAGUAGCUUGUAGAUUUCGAAUGUAAUAAGUUGAUCUUACAUAACUUAAAAGUUAUAGCUAAGAUUAGAUAUUUCGAGAUAUUUGUGAAACAGAGUAGAAUGUAUUAGGAGUAUCACUUUAAAUUUAGAUUUAAUCGUUCAAUUAAAAUAAACCAAUCAAUAUCUUUUGUGAGGAUCCUGUGAAUGAAUUCAGCAUUUGGUUGACUAUUUCCGAUUUUUCCGUUGUAAUUAUUUCUUUCUAAGUAUAAAAAGGUUUCAUUAUUCUUAUAUAUAGAUAUUCAUUUCACUGCUGCCUCUCUUAUUUAAUAUUUUUAUUUUCUCAAAUAUCAGUUCAGACUUAAUUUUGUGACAGUUUGUAUUUGUCUUAUUUAAUUGAAUAUAUCAUCUUUAUUGUUCCUUAAAGUAUUUCUGAUCAUGAAUUCCGAAUAGAUUUUCUGCAUUUUGAAGAAAAUUUCAACUUUUUGGUGGAGUUUUGUUCUCUGAGCUCCACUAUCUCAAAAUUUCAACUAAUUUACCUUUGAGAUUAUUCGAAAUCGAUUAUCGAUAAAUAAAAAAAACAUUG